CAUAAUGAUAUAUGAUCCCUCAGUACUAAUACCAAACCACAGACUCCUGCAUUCUGCAUCUCUCUCUUUUCACUCUCCCUCUCCAAAAUCAAUUAAUCACACACAACACUAUUCCAAAGCAAGAAAAUGAAUGUUGCCAUUAGUGCUUCCGCUCGAGUUACACUGCAGAAGUUGCUUGAUCUCGCUAACGCAGACCUGAGUCUGGUGUGGAGUUUCAAGAAAGACUUAAGAAAGUUAGACGGAUUGUUGAAAAUGAUGGAUCUUGUCUUACAAGAUGCUGAGAAACGUGAAGUUACCGAUGAGGCUGUCAAACUCUGGCUCAAGAAGCUUCGAGAUGUUACUUACGAUGUUGAUCAUGUCUUGGAUGAGAUCAACUAUGAAGAUAUGCGUCAUAUGGUGGAGAUCCAAGACCAGACUAAGAUAUGGGCGUGCUUAAACAUCUUUUGCUUUACCCCCCGUUUGGUGUUCCGAUGGAGAAUGGCUCGCAGGAUCAAGGAGAUAAAUGUCAACUUCGAGGAUAUAAACAAAAAUGCUACUGACCUUGGCCUCCAGAGAGUUGCGAAUUUUGCUCCCCUUGUUCCUCUGUUCAUGCAAACUGAUGGCAUAACUGUUGACUCAAAUGUUGUCGGAAGACAAGAUGAUGAAGCAAAAAUUUUGAAGCUGAUAACAAACACAAACGACGCAGUUAUUUCGGUCCUUCCCAUAGUUGGAAUGGGAGGGCUUGGCAAGACAGCGCUAGCUCGGUCGGUCUUUAAUCAUCCGAGCACAAAGAGUCUUUUUGGCAAAAGGAUUUGGGUAUGUGUUUCUGAAAAUUUUGAUGUGGUCACGCUUUUUAAAAGGAUUCUGAAAACCUUAGAAGAAAGUUCUUAUGGAGACAACAGGCAAAGUUCUCAUGGAGACAACAGGCAAGCUGUUGUGGAGGAGCUUCAAGAGAAAUUGGGAGGCAAAAGAUGCUUGUUCUUGACGAUGUUUGGAAUUACAAAAUACAAGCUUGGGAUGACUUCCAAAGUACUAUGGCUGGAGUUAACACCAAUAAAGGAAAUGUCAUCAUGGUGACUACACGUCUUCAAAGUGUGGCAUCAAUUGUGAAAACUUACAGAGAUCCAUACAACUUGAAUUUAUUAACAGAUGAUGAAUGCUGGUCUAUAAUCAAAACAAGGACUUUUGGAGAUGAAGAAAUACCAGAACAAUUAAAAAUAGUUGGAAAGAAGAUUGCUUGCAAAUGUAGAGGUCUACCAUUAGCAGCAAAAAUGAUCGGCGGAACUUUGCAAGGAAAGGAAGUAGAUGAGUGGGUUUCAGUUCUAGAGACCAGGCUUUCAAAUCUCGGAGCGAAUGAGGACAGUAUAACGCAAGUCUUAAAGAUAAGCUUUGAUCGUUUAUCUUCUCCUUUACUUAAAAAAUGUUUUGCCUAUUGUUCAAUAUUUGCCAAAGAUUCAGAAAUAGAGAGAGAAGAUUUAAUCCAACUCUGGAUGGCGGAAGGAUUUCUUCCAGAUAAUCCAGAAAUUAAUAUGGAGACUUUGGGCAAUACAAUUUUUAAAAUUCUUUUGCAAAAUUCCUUCUUGCAAGAGGCAGGAAAGGAUGUAUAUGGAAAUAUCAGACAUUGCAAGAUGCAUGAUCUUGUGCAUGAUCUGGCAUGCUCUGUUUCAAAUUCAGAAAGCUUUAAUACCGAGGAUCGCUAUACUGAUGACAUUCCCAAAGUCAGAUACCUUGCAAUGGAAUUGCUCGAACAGGAAACACAAGUGAUUACAGAAGAGAAAGCAAGUUAUCUGCGCACAUUUUUCUUGCGAAGGGGCAGCUUACCAGACAAAAUUUUGCCAUGGUUCACGCACCUGCACAUUCUAAAGUUAUGUGGCGCAAGGAUUGAAGUUCUUCCCUCCGCAGUUGGAAAGUUGAUACAUUUGAGAUAUCUUGAUGCAUCCCAAAAUGGAAAUAUGGAAACUUUGCCAGAUUCUAUUUGCGAGCUCUACAAUUUGCAAACUUUAAGGAUUAUAGAAUGCUUCUUCAUUCGACGGCUUCCAGAAAUGCUAUGUGACUUGAGUAAUUUGAGACAUCUUUACUUUUAUCCAUUAUUCCAUCAAUCUGAUUUCCAGAUGCCGCUUAAAAUUAGAAAAUUGUCUCUUCUACAAACAUUACCGUUUUUUAUAGUGGGUGACAAGGAAGGCUGCCGAAUUGAAGAGCUGGGAUUUUUGAAGAAUCUUACAGGCCAACUGGAUAUAUUCAACCUUGAACUAGUGAAUGGCAUAGAAGAAGCUGAGAAGGCAAAUUUGGUUGGAAAGCCAAAGAUAUAUGGGUUAAGUUUUAUGUGGACAACAAACAAUGAUGAGAAUGUCUCGGAAGGCAACAACAACAACGAUGAAAGUGUCCUUAAAGGCCUCCAACCUCACCCGAAUUUGAAGAGCAUAAAAAUUGAAGGGUUCAGAGGUACAAACUUCCCAUCAUGGACUAUGAGAAUGGAAGUAUUCCUUGAUGGCCGUGGUCCAUUGAAACUUGAUAAAUUGAUCGAGGUCAACUUCAGUAAUUGCAAAAAUUGUGAAGAAAUUCCGUCGUUUGGCCACCUGCCACUCCUCAAAUAUCUUACCUUGGACGGUUUGACUAACAUAAGAUCCAUAGGUCGUUCAUUCUAUGGUGUCAGUUCUAGCAACUGCUGCCAAGAGACAAGAGUAAUGUUCCCAGCGCUAGAAAAACUCAUUCUAAGAAGCAUGCCAAACCUAACAGAGUGGACGGAAGCUGAGGCAACGCCAGUGGCAGAAACACGAACAAGCAGAGAGCAGGCAUUUCCUUGCCUUAAAGUUUUGGAGAUUUUCAAUUGCCACAAAUUGAAUACUUGUCCAAGUCAUUUCCUUUGCUUGAAGAAAUUGGAGAUUGAUACUAUGGAUAGUGAUUUUCCUUCGACAAAGAUUUUGAGUAGCAACGACCUAACUUCUUUGAUAAGACUCUCGAUCAAGAAUAUAGCACAGCUCACUUGUCUUCCCCACAUGAAAGGAUGUGAGAAUUAUCUUCAAGAUUUGAUUAUUGAAGAUUGUGACAAAUUGAGAGAAUUACCUGAUGAUCUACUUAGCUUCCACUCUCUUGUGUAUUUGAGAAUAAUUAUAUGUCGAAGUCUACAAUCAAUUUCAUAUCGAAGUGGACAAAAAGGCCCCCCUUCUCUUCGACACUUGGAAAUUAGGAAAUGCUCUGAGCUGAGCUACUUACCAAGAGAACUGAUUGAGUCCACCAGGUGUCUUAAGUAUCUACGGGUGACUGGAUGCGACAAACUCAUUUCUUUCCCAAUGGAUUUAGGGGAAUUGCCUUAUAUCUCAUGUUUAGAGAUGCACAAUUGUCCUGAAUUGAGUACUUUGCCCAAGCGAAUUGGCCUUCUUAGAAACGUAAGAUGGUUGCUCUUUGGUAGAUUCUCAAAAUCAAUCGAUUUCAACUCAUUCCAAGCUGCUCUCGACGGCAUCCAACAAUCCAAAUCUCUCCGGGAAUUGACUUUACAUGGUUGGGAACAUUGGGAUUCAUUGCCAUAUCAGCUUCAGCAUUUCACUUUGCUCCAACGGUUAUCAUUAUCUGGUUUUGGAAUUGAAGCAUUGCCAGAGUGGUUUGGGGGUCUGUCAUCUCUUUCAGAAUUAAUCCUACAUGACUUAAAAAAGCUUAGGCAUAUGCCCUGUGAGGAAGCGAUGCAACGCCUCACCAAGCUUGGACAGUUAAUUGUUAAAGACUGUCCAUUGUUGGAGGAGGGGUUCUGCGAAAAAAAAGGCCCUGAUUCUAAGUGGUCAAAGGUUUCAUAUCUUCCUAGGAUAUUUGGAGAGGGCACAUGGGUUUAAAGAGACCUGAUAUGCUGAUAUAGUUGUGUUAUGGAUUUGUUAAUCAGAGCGGGCCUACAUGGUUAAAAAGUCCUGAUAUGCUGAUAUAGUUGGGUGGAACGUGGAUAUUGAUUAGUCAAAUGUUCGAGGUAAAAGACAUUAUUUGACUUUUUGAUGGAGUUUGAGCAAAAUUAAACUUCUCCAGUAUUGACUCUUGGGGUAGCUCUCUCUCUCUUCUCUCUCUUCAAAUUGUUAAUUUUUAAUACUCUGUAUGUCCAGUAUGUUAAAUUCAUUUUUAAACACUAUUGUGCUUUUAAUUAUUUCUUAGUGUUUAGUAAAAUGCUAUUUUGCUUGUAUUAUUUCUUAGGUCCAGGGAUUUCUAGUUCUUAAUCUAUUUCAUCAUAUUAAAUUUUAUAGAUAUGGAGGAAAUUGCACAGGAUGUCAAUUUUUCUCAGGAUAUUUACAAAAAUGUCACUUUUUUUAAAACAUUGCAAGAAUGUCAAUUUAAGACAUAUUUGUCCUUGAAAAUAAUUUCAAAUUCCAUACAUGUCCUAAUCAAAUGAGAUUUGACCCAAUGGAAGAAAUUGUACAAAAAUCUUGUCAAUGUCAUAGAUGAAAAGUUGGAAAAAAAAUAGAUGAAUUUUAUUUCUCUCAUUCAAACAACUCUUAACUCUCUCACUCACUCACUUACUCUCUCUCUCUCAUUACGGGUUUCAAUCCAAGAGAGGAAAAUCUUGUUUUUUUUACUCAGUUUUUGUGAUAUUUUCAUCUGUAAGGGGUUUAUGAGAUGCGAAAAAUGGAGCUUUUUGCUCGGUUUAAAAUAAGAGCUGGGGCUUGGAUUAGAAAGAGGAAAUUAUAUGGAAAUAGUGGAAUUCAGGAGAAAAGAGCUGAA